AUGAGAGGACUGUCUGAGGUAUUGGCUGCACUGAAGAAGAUUAUGACGGGCUAUCACAUUGGUGGUAUCGCUCUUUCGCUUGCAUUUCUUGCGCUGAAAAGCACUACUGGCUUAUGCUCUCUUGUUUUCACUGAAUGCGGCCUCGAUUACCAUUUUUGCUCCGAAAUGGACAUCAGCCAGAAUGUGCCAGCACUCAUUAUGUUUUUGUAUCAUUUCAUCUUUUAUCAUUCAAAAUAUAUUAUCUGA